ACUCCAAGCAGGUUCCACAUGGUCUGGACCGCAUUGACGGGAUCUGGGAACUUGUAAGAAGCCGUUCCUGGGUUACGCAACCGACCCAGUCUCUCCUGCAACCCUCAUAUGUAAUCUGUAAUCUCUACAUACUAUUCCAUAUCUAUAAUCUACAGUCAGCCAACCACGCCAACCAUCCGAGUCUAGUAAGCAGGCGUAUACAUUUAUCCUAAUUCGAAACCCGCGAUAUCUAGCCUUACAUCCCUCGUCGAACCACCCGCCCUCUCCGCGAGAGCCUCCUGACCAACCGACGCAAUCAACCACCAAACUACACUCAUCAUGGCCAACCCUCUCGACACCGACGCCGGCUCCGAGCUGUUCAGCAGCUACGAAGCCGAAUUCAAACUGGUCCAAGCAGACCUAACCCAAAAACUCGACCAAAUCCCCGAACUAAACGGCGAGCCGCGCAAAGCCGCCAUCGCCGCCGCCGAGCGUGCCCUCGAGGAAGCCGACGAACUGCUCGGACAAAUGCGUCUCGAAAAGCAAAACAUCCCCUCCUCCACGCGCCCCAAGAUAAACCAGCGCUUCCGCAACCUCGAGACCGACGUGGACGGCUACAAGCGCAAGCUGCGCGCCCUCUCGGACGACCGCGCCGCCCUCUUCGGCUCCCGCUACACCGACAACCCCAACCCCUCGGACCUGCAGCUCGAGCAGCGCCAGCAGCUGCUCAGCGGCACCGACCGCCUCGACCGCAGCUCCCAGCGCCUGCGCGCCAGCCAGGCCCUCGCCCACGACACCGAGCAGAUCGGCGCCGGCACCCUCGCCGACCUGCACCGCCAGCGCGAGACCAUCUCCCACACGUCCCAGAUCCUGUACGAGAGCGAGGGCUAUGUCGAUCGCAGCGUUAAGACGCUGAGGGGUAUGGCUCGUAGGAUGGCUACGAAUCGGGUAAUCACCAUUGCUAUUAUCGCCGUCCUCGUGAUCCUGAUCUUCGCUGUGAUCUACAGCAAGUUCAGGUGAAGAGGAGGAGGAGGGGGGUAUUCUAUCAGUUUGACGGCGUGGCCGGAUAGGAACCAGCCAGCCAGCCAGCCAGCAAGGUAUAGAAACACCAUGUGUAAAAAAGAUAAACAUCCCACUCGCGAACGCGCAAGCGGUCUCGAGCAAGGAAGAAAGAGUAACCAACACGGCGUCCGGAGCGUAGACAGGGAGGGCCCUUAGGGAACAUUGUAGCAAUUCUCACGGUCGUUGUUAUUGUAUUGUCAUGUCAUGAUAUCGAAAUUUUUGGAGAGUUAUUAGUUAUUAUUUAACGAACUGGGUGUCUGUUGCAGAAAUAGCUACCACCCCUUAGGUUAGCUUAAUACCAAGGACGACGAUGUAUUACCGCCGUCCUAUUAUCAUUGGCUGUGCAAGAAGAAA